AUGAAGAACUUGUGUGAGAAAGGCUCUGGUUCUACCCAUUUAACAUCUCCUUAUGCUCUUGGAUGCUCAUCAUGGGGGACUUCGUCUGAAUCUGAUGUUCAACAAUCAUCCAUGUCCAGAAGUUUGACCUUGAAAAUGAGUGUUCUGCCGCAACAGUGCCAUAAGAACAAGCCAUUGAGUUUUCAAUAUCAAGACCGAGACUCAUCUUCAUCUCAAUCAACUGGUCAGUCUUAUCCGGAAGUUGGUUCAGUGCAAUCAGGUCAAAUUUCAGUCCAGUGUAGCAAUUCAUCUGCUUGUUCAACUGUUAACACAACUGGGAGAAAGAAUGUGGAAGGUGUCAUCAGGUCAUCUGUGGGGGGUCAGGAUUUUGCCUUCCCUCCUUCACAAUUGUGUCACAACCAACCACUUGCUCAUACUGCAUUCCACAUUGCUGAGCCCUGCUUUAGUAGCCUACUAGCUUCCCCAUAUGGGCCACAACCUAAUAUUCAUCAUGCUCAACUGAUAGGAAUGGCUACUGCUCGAAUUCCUCUACCCCUUGAUCUAAGUGAGGAGCCUAUAUUUGUGAAUGCAAAGCAGUACCAUGCUAUACUGAGGCGCAGACAAUACCGUGCAAAACUUGAAGCACAGAACAAACUCAUCAAAGAACGGAAACCAUAUCUUCACGAGUCUCGCCAUCUGCAUGCGUUGAAGAGAGCUAGAGGUUCUGGUGGUCGCUUCUUGAAUACCAAAAAGCUUCAAGAGUCGAAACUCACCUCAGCAAACCAUGGGCUAGAUGUUUCAAGCUGUACUCAGCUGAAUCUGAGGGGAAACAUGUCAGAAUCUAAGGUACAUCUAGGGGGAAACUUAAACUACAGAGAUGGUGCUUCUACAAACACCUGUUCCGACAUUACUAGUGCAUCUAAUUGUGAUGAUGUCUUCCAUCAACAUGAAUCAGACUUUAGAUUAUGUGGUUACCCUUCUCACAUUAGAAGAAACAUGCAGGGUUACUCUGCCGACAUUGGUGGUGGUGGUGGUGGUAGAGGAAAUCAACAUCGUCUGUCAAUCCUUAUGUGA